CCUGUCGCCCAGCAGCCAGCAGCUUCAGACCCAAAAAGCCAGUCGAUCGGCGCGUUGAGAAGUGACAAGAAUAACAAGAAGAACGCGAAACCGGAGGCAGCAGCUUCCUCUUCUGUAUCUAGUAGCUAUGGCUCUUUGUCACCUCGUACGCCGCCUGCAGUCUCCAAUAGCAACGUGGGUCCAUCAGCAGCGCGACUCUCGUCUAGUAGCUCUGACUCGUCUGCGGCGUCUUCGUCUUCCAGUAGUUCUAGUCCGGUUGUUGCAACCCAAAGCGACGACGUGAACAGUGUGCGCCUCAAAAAUGUAAAAGCAGAGCUCACAGGCCCGCCCAGUAAUAAAAAUAACACCCAGACGCUACUGAUGUCAGAAGCUGGAGUAGCUGCAAAAGCCAGAAGGGAU